CAGUACUCACUUGUCAUUCCCUUUGGAAGCACGCUGAAAGUGAUUCGACCUCUUCAGAAGCAUGAGGAGACACUAACAGUAAAAAUAUGGCUAACGACAGAAAGCCACCUGGCCUGUACUGCCAGAAGUGCCGCACACCUAUAGAUGCCGAUGCCUCCAUCGACCAGCUCAACCCAGCAGCCUUCAAGCUUCUGACAGACUCUACCGUACCUGGCCAGCAACAAGCCUCGAAGAGCUCCCCCAACCGCCAGUCCCGCCCGACCUACCCCUCCUCACGCCAGGAAACCUACGAGCAGGCACUACAACAUGCGCGGAAUCCUACCUUCAAGCGCAGUGUGCCGUCUUCGCGAUUUCAGCAUAGCGCCCAAAAUCCUGCUAUGUCUUUUGUCAACGUACACAUGUCCGAGUCGAUGCUGGACCCGCCUUCUCCAUCACAAUCGCCAGUUCGUAGUCCAGACCGACAGGCACAAGCAGAAGACACACUACCAAGUGCAAAUGAAACCACAAGGCGAGCAAGCAUCACAGGCAGCUCAGGAACAGCGGGCGGGGCAAGCAUGGCAGACGGCUUAGAAACAACAAACCGCAUGUUCGAGAUCCUCUCCGCGCGCUCAGACAUCGACCACCCAAUAUGCGUCGAAUGUACCGAGCUUCUCAUAGACGGCUUGCAAAAGCGCCUUGGUGUGGCGACACGAGAGCGCGACGCAUACGUAGACUAUCUGCGCCGCGCCAACACCGACGUCCCCAGCACCGAGGAAGUAAAGGCCGCCGAUGCAGCACUCAAAGCAGCAAAGAAAGCCGAAGCAACCGCUAUCUCGAACCUCGAGAAACUUGAAGCGGAGAAAGCGGAGCUCGACGCACAGCUUACUACUUUAGAAGCUGAAGCUCGGCAGUUGGUCCAGGAAGAGAAUGACUUCUGGGAAACUAGAAAUGCUUUCAAUUCUACUCUGACCUCAUUCCAAAACGAACGAGACGCCCUCACAACGCGCCACGCGCAUGAUGCACACGUUCUUAACCAACUCCAGCGAAGAAGCGUAUACAAUGAUACCUUUAACAUAACACACGACAACCACUUUGCCACCAUCAAUGGUCUGCGUCUCGGCCGCUUACCAUCCCCCUACGUUGACUGGCCCGAGAUCAACGCUGCUUGGGGUCAAACAUGCCUCUUGCUCGCCACGCUUGCGGAAAGGUUGGGAUAUAAGUUCCAGGGAUUUGAGCUCUGUCCCAUGGGCUCUACCUCGACAAUCACGAGGUUGGAGGUGAAGGGUGGGAGUUCGGUGGGUGAGUCGCGGCAGAGUUCGAUAACGGCCCCGAGUGUGUCGAGGCAGAGAUUGGAGUUGUAUUCUUCCGGCGACUUUCCCAUCAAUUUCGGAUUCCUGCAUAGGAAGUUCGAUACAGCGAUGGUAGCGUUCCUCGAAUGUCUACGGCAGCUUGGCGAGUUUGUGGAGAACCAAGGCACGCAAGGUAUUGGCGCUGGCUUUGGUGGGCCUGGCGGACCUGGCGUCAAAAUGCCAUAUGAGAUCCGCAAGGACAGGAUCCACGAUCAGAGUAUCAAGCUAGCAUUGAACAAAGAGGAGAGCUGGACCAAGGCGUGCAAGUAUACCCUGACGUGCUGCAAGUAUUUGCUCGCGCAUGCAAAUAAUGUAGAGAGUAGUAUGGGCGCAAGGAGGAGGUAGGAUGACCCCGAUAGUAGUAGGAGGAUUGCGAGUUUAUGAUAGAUAAGAUACCCAUUGAUAGUUUGCUCAGUUGUUAGUUGCAAUAACUGGCGCCUUGAAUCGUCUCGCCAUGCGUUGAUCCUAUACUGCAAACUUUUUAUCGAGUUGAAGAUUAGUAACAUUGGAAUAAUAUGUAUGCCUGGCUCACCAUGAUACCCCCGUUGUAGGGAGAUACUGAAGGAACGUGGGUAGCUGAACCUGCUUUUAACCUCAUGCUUCAACUCGAUAAGACUCGAAAUUCUAAUUCUAACAACAAUGAGCCCUCGACUC